AUGACUAUGGAUAUUUGCGUGUCCAUAACUCUGACAGAGUGUUGUGAUAUUUCAGUGUCCCUUUUUAUAAGAAAACACAAUCUGCUCUUGUCAUUACGUCUUAGUUUCUUAGAGUGUAUUUACUGCUUAACUAGUGUCAGUGUUACAAUUAUGACAUCAAGUCAUAAAUCUCAUGCACAGGCUAUCAGUCUGGAAUUGUUUUCCAUGUUUUUUGAGAACAACGUCUCUCGUGAAGUUUAUGACAAAUGCAUAGAAAUUGUCAACAAGUACAUGGCAGAACUUGGAUCCACUAAAGUGGAUUCACUUCUGUCAUACUACAGGGUAGACACCUUGUUGAAGGAGGAGUACCCAGUGAAGUCUGUUGCAUAUGAUAUGUGCAUAAAUGGAUGCUGCUGGUUCUCAACAGUAGAAGAAGGAGACUUCAUCAAUGAGGAUGAGACAUGUUCUCAUUGCAGUGAAGACAGGUACAAAGUGGAGAGAGCGAGUGUAAAACCUGCACAGACCUUUCAGAUCGUGCCUCUCUCAGAGCAACUGCAGUUCAAACUUGCCCACCCCAAGAAACAGGCCAAGAUGGCCUAUGGUACAAGGUGUUUGGCUGGCAGACGUGAAGAUAUACGUGAAGACAUCUUUGAUAGAGAUGUAGUCGGAUGGCUACUUGAUCGUGGAGUGGUUGGUCAGGAUGACAUUUUGGUGUCCAUGUUUGUUGACCAGUUCAACCCAUUUAAAAUGCCAAAAUGUCAUUCUCUGUUAUUCAUAUACAAGGCAGGUAACAUGAUGCAGUUGGCUAUCAUACCAGGACCUAACCAUCUGAAAGAUAUCACUUCGUUUUUGGAGCUGGUUCUCAAUGACCUGAGAAACUUGGGGGCAAAUGACUUGCAGUUUCAGACUGAUUCUGGACUGGUGAUUGCCAAGGUUUAUCUUGUCAUGGCAACUGGAGAUACUCCAGCUGUCUCUGACUUGAUGAACCUGACACAUCACAAUGCCCAUCACGGAUGCAGAGCUUGCAUCUUGUAUGGUGCAAGAGAUUCAAGCACGACUUGUAUUGUGGAAAGAGAUGGACUAUCACUGUUGAGAACAGAAGAGAGUUUGCACCAGUCCAUUGGAGGCAUGUAUGGCGUCAAAGGGCCCAACGUCUUCAAGGACUUGUCCACAAUGACCAGUACUGCUUUCUUCGGACUAGAUGAGAUGCACCUUAUAGGUCACGGUACAGGCCAGCAGCUGUAUGUUGCACUUGGAGGAAAAUUCUGCUCCAUGAUCAAUGACGCUUUUCACGAUUUUGUAAUUGACAUCAAUGUCAAGUGCGUUAAGUUUUCAUGCCAAACACUGGGUUAUCAAGUUGUCAUCUAG